AAAAGGCCCCUUGGGGCAGCGAGGGAAGCGCAGUCUGUCACGGUGUCUUCUCGGAAAAUGCCUCGGGGUUUCCUGGUGAAGCGGAGCCGGAGGCCUGGGGGCUGCUACCGGGUGCGCCCUGGAGACAGCACCCCUCUGGAGGACCCUCGGAGGGAGGAAGAGGAGAAGCCUCGGGAGGCGCCUCAGCUGGAGUCUCCUUUGGCGGCCGCUUGGAGCGCGGGAAACUCACCCGAGGCCGCUGUGGAGGAGGAGCCCAAGCCCCCGGAGAAGCCGCCGCUGGAGGAGGAGGAGAAGCCGCCUCUGCUCCCUCGCACGCCGCUGCCCUUCCCGCUGCCCUUGCCUUCCUCCCUGAAGCGGCCCCCGCGGCCCAAGAAGCCCAAGGCGGCGCGCAAGCUGAGCUUCGCCGACGAAGUGACCACUUCCCCGGUGCUGGGGCUGCGCAUCAAGGCAGCCACGGAGGGGGCGGAGGAGGGCUCUCGCCGGCUGCUCUCCUCGCGGGGCGGUUUCGUGUGCCAGCUGUGCAAGGAGCCCUACGCCGACCCCCUGGCGCUGGCCCAGCACCGCUGCUCCCGCAUCGUGCGCGUCGAGUACCGCUGCCCCGAGUGCCACAAGGUCUUCAGCUGCCCGGCCAACCUGGCCUCGCACCGCCGCUGGCACAAGCCCCGCCCGACGGCGCAAGCCGCCGCCGUUCAAGGCAAGGAGAACAGCCGGGAUCAGCACCACGGAGCCGGGAUCAGCACCGCGGACAGCGGCGGCGCCUGCUGCAGAGGGGAAGCCUCCGAGAGCGGCUCGGCGGCGGCUCCUCCCGGAGGGGAGCUCUUCCUCUGCCCCUACUGCCACAAAGCCUUCCGGCGGCAGGCGUACCUGCGCAAACACCUGGGCACUCACCAAGUCGGCGGCCCCUCUGCCUCCUCUUCCUCCUCCUCCUCCUCUUCCUACAGUCCUCAGCCUCAGCAGAUCAGCUUCCCUUGCCACUUGUGCGGGGCGCACUUCCCCUCGGCGGACAUCAGGGACAAGCACCGGCUCUGGCACGCCGUGCGGGAGGAGCUGCUCCUGCCUUUGGGGCCGCCCGAAACCCACAUCGCUGAGCAGCAGCCCCAGCCCCACCACCACCAGCAGCAGAUCUUCUCCUGCAAGCACUGCCCCUCCACUUUCUUCAGCUCGCCGGGGCUCACCCGGCACAUCAACAAGUGCCACCCGUCCGAGCACAGGCAGGUCCUCCUCCUGCAGAUGCCUCUCCGACCGGGAUGCUGAAGACUUGGGCGGAAAAGAACUACCAAAUGCAAGGCUUGCAAGCAGGACCAUAGCCAGAAAAAUAUUUCGGGGGGAGGGGGGAAGGGAGGGGAGUUGAAACUUUUUAAAGAGUAGUUCCAUAACUCAAAACUAAUCUAGAAAUCAGGCUCCAUCAAUAAACUUCAGUGGACACUCAAGACAGAUAAACUUCAGUGGACACUCAUGGGGAUUUGGUUAAUCAGUAAAAAUUCAUGAGUAAACCAGGUUUUGUUUUAAACCUGAAAAAUUUCGGGGGGGGGGAGGGGGGUUGAACACCUAACUCCCCUUGGUUACAGCCCUGCUUGGAAGUCCUCCUCCCUUGGAAGCAUUCCUUUAACUCGUCCGCCUCCCCCUUUCGCCCCGUAGCCUUGUCCUUCUUUCACUGCCUGAGCACCAAGUCCAAAAUACCCGAUGGCCGCCUGUUUGCUCAUGCCCGGUGUAGAUGCACCUCUUUUCUACUCUAGGUACACAUAGGGUGCAUUUAGAGCAGGCAUGGGCAAACUCUGACCCUCUGGGUGUUUUGGACUUCAACUCAGGUGGCCUUCUGUGUGUCUGGCGCAUCUAGAAUGAUUGCAGUUUCACACCUGCCCUUGCUCAAUGCUGCGGGAUCCUGGGUGUGAUACCAGUACUCUUUGGCAGAGGAGGUUAAAGAUCACGUCAAACCGCUACUUCCAAGAUUCCAUAGCAAAGUAGCCAGGCUGCAAUUAUUCUAUAGCAGGAAUGGACAAACUUUGGCCCUCCAGGUGCUUUGGAUUUCAACUCCCACAAUUCCUAACAGGCUGUUAGGAAUUGUGGGAGUUAAAAUCCAAAACACCUGGAGAGCCAAAGUUUGCCCAUGCCUGUUCUACAGUGUAGGUCAGGCAUGAGCAAACUUCGGCUUUUAGGAAUUGUGAGAGUUGAAGUACUAAACACCUGGAAGGCCGAAGUUUGCUCAUGCCUAGUGUAGAUGCAUCUCUUUUCAACUCUAGGUCAACAUAGGGUGCGUGUAGAAAGAAUGCAAUUUGACUCCUCUUUAACUGCCAUGCGUCAGUGCUAUGGAAUCCUAGAAUUUAAGUUAUUUUACAAGGUAUUUUAGCUUCCCUGCCAAAGAGUGCUUGCCAAACUAUAACUCCCAGGAUUCUACAGCACUCAGCUGUGGCAGUAAAAGGGGCCUCCAACUGCAUUCAUUCUACAAUGUAUCUCAGGCAUGGUCCUCCAGGUGUUUUGGAUUUCAACUCCCACAAUUCCUAGCAGCCGGCCUGGUAUAGAUGCACCUCAAGUUCGAAGAGCACAGCCAAAGUGAAUUAAUACUUUUAAAAGAGCCGUGCCAAAUGGGUUUUUAUUAAUGAUCAUAAAUUGUCCUUGCUGCCUUAUAGAGGGGUUAGAAUGAGGAGUACAUUAUGUAAAACUUCCCUUCUGCUGAAAUUGUUUCAGCAAAACCAUAUGCUUUAGGGAGAAGGUACCCCUUCCACCUUAAGACUUAAAAACUACCCUGCAUUGAGAAAGAAAUUUUUUAUGUGCGCUUAAUAUUACAGUAUAGCCAAACCUAGAGCCAUCUGUGUGCCUAACUUGUGUAAGUUGCCGGGGAAGAGUGGGACCUAGACAAUGUUCAUUCUAUUUAUUCCUGUACCUGGGAUUAAAGUAUAUCCCAACACUUAUUAACAACACCAGAGGGGGGAGAACGAGACAGUCUUUAUAUAUUUAAUUGCUGGAAACUGCUUCCCCAGCUUCUGGUUUUAAAACAUUUAAUUUGCCGUGAAGUGUUUAUUUGUUGUACCCUGUAUUGCAAUAUAGUCAGAUAUUAGUAGCAAGUCAGCAUCUCAUCCUGUCAAACCCUUACAAGUGCUUCUUCUUCUGUCUGCUCUUGCUCAUUACUGGCUAUUAAAUUCUGGAUUGGUGAUGGUUUUUUUAA